AUGUCUACACCAACGUUUCCUGCCAAAACAACUGCGCUCGAAGUUGUCAAAGGACUUCGUGCAAAACUAGAUGGAAAAGUCGUACUUGUUACGGGUGCUACAUCAGGUAUUGGUGUUGAAACAGCUCGUGCAUUGGCAUCUGCAAAUGCACAUGUAAUUAUAACAGCGCGAGAUAUGAAUAAAGGUGCACAAGUUAUUGCAGAUAUUAGAAAAACAACAGGUAACAAUAAAGUCGAAGUGAUGGAAAUGGAUCUUACUUCACUCCAAUCGGUUAGAAAAUUUGUUUCUCAAUUUCAAGCACGUGGAUUACCAAUAAAUAUUCUUAUUUGCAAUGCAGGAAUUAUGGCAACUCCGUACUCAAAGACAGUUGAUGGCUUUGAAUCACAAUUUGGCGUCAAUCAUCUAGCUCAUUUUCUUCUUACUACUAGCCUUUUACCAGAACUAAAAGCAGGUAAACCAUCACGUGUAGUUGUUGUUAGCUCAUUAGCUAAUAAACGUGGUGGUAUAAAUUGGGAUGAUAUUAACUGGGAGAAAAAAUAUGACAAAUGGCUUGCCUAUGCUCAGAGUAAAACGGCAAAUAUUCUAUUUGCUAAACAAUUGAAUAAAUUAUAUGAAUCAGAAGGUAUUCAAGCGUAUUCUUUACAUCCGGGUGGAAUUCUAACGAAUUUACAAGUGCACGUACCAAUCGAAGAACAACGUGCAAUGGGAUGGUUUAAGGAAGAUGGUACACCCCAUGAUCUAUUCAAAACCGUAGAGCAAGGAGCAUCAACAAGUGUCUACGCUGCUUUGGCACCUGCUCUUGAUAAGCACGGUGGAGAAUAUCUUGAAGAUUGUGCAAUAAGUGUAGGAAUACAUUCUGAUCAAAUGUAUUUCGGUUUGGGAUUGCAUGCAGUUGAUAUGGAAGCAGCUGAACGUUUAUGGAAAUUAAGCGAACAAAUGGUAGCAGCCAAAUAG